AAAUUGUCCUCAACAGGGUGUAACGUUAGUUAUUGGAUUCAUAAACGUGUUUCCGUUGGCAUAUCAUUUAGCAGCUAAAACGUUAGCUUUUAACAAGCUAGCUAAAGUUAAAAUUGAUUUCAAAAGCAACAUUUGACAGUACACCCUGAGAUAAUUGCACUAUAAAACGAGUGAAGGUUUUCUGUGUGGUCAAAACGAAUACAUGAAUAACGUUACACGAGGAGGCAACAUUUCUUCUUGCUAGGCGCUUGUGAAGCAUUAACCAAGACUCGUCCCUGCUCGCUUUAUUCUCCGCUCGGCAGAAUGCAGAGGGCUUCCCGUUUAAAGCGUGAACUUCAGAUGUUGAGCACCGAGCCACCUCCCGGGAUAACAUGCUGGCAGACCGAAGAGCGGAUAGACGACCUCCGGGCGCAGAUAGUGGGCGGAUCAGAGACUCCAUAUGAAGGUGGACUCUUCUCCUUGGAGAUCAAAGUCCCAGAGAGGUACCCAUUCGAGCCUCCCAAAAUCCGAUUCUUGACCCCCAUCUACCACCCAAAUAUCGACAAUUCAGGACGUAUAUGCCAUGAUGCUCUCAAACUCCCGCCAAAGGGAGCCUGGAAGCCAUCCCUAAACAUCUCCACAGUCCUCACCUCCAUUCAGCUGCUCAUGGCUGAGCCAAAUCCAGACGACCCACUCAUGGCUGAUAUAUCAUCGGAGUUCAAAUACAACAAACAGAUGUUCACGGAGAAAGCCAGGAAGUGGACACAAGAACAUGCUGUUCAGAAGAACAUGGGAGUCGUGGAGAGCAACAAAGAAAAUAGUCCCCAUCAGACAGCUUCAUCCCGCAAAAGAGACGCUUUGGGUGCACAGCAGGAGGCAGAGGAGCCAGCAAAAAAAACCUGUUUGUAGUUUCUGUCUACGGGUCGCUCUUCUCCCGAGCCACCAUGUCUUCUACACCUGUCUACUUGUGACGAGAAUGGAUUUUACAUUUUAAUUUAGUACUAAUGCCUAGUUCCAUUUACUAUGGAUCCUUUCCUGUUCUUAACCCAGAAAUACUGUGCUAACAUUUAUGUGCAUAAUGUUUAUGUGUGUGUGUGUUGUGAUAUUAAAGUUUACAACUUAAAG